CCGGUCAGCCAGCUACAGAUCCAUCAGGUUGAAUUAAGCCCUGGGCAAAAUUAUUUUAAAAAAAGAAGCACAAAGACCAUUAGAGCCAUCGAAGAUCAAUUUUGCUAAAGGUGAGUGGUAACAUCUUCCAAGGUCUCUGAACAUCAAAGUGAAAGAGCAGAAAGACAAAAGAGAGAAUUGCAUGCACAUGCUCACACAGAAAAAGCUGUGGUCUGCUGUAUGUGUUUUUUUUUUCUCCCCAAGCCAAGGAUGGACACAGAGAGGGAUGGUUGCAAGAUGAACAUAGGAGUCUCAAGUUUACAAAGAUUUGCAUAAAAAAAGAACAGAAGGCACUUCCUGGGCUGCUUCUUGUCUUUGAAGACUUGCCAUGGUCAACGGCACUGCAAUGGCUCGGUUUAAAGCUUCAACACAAUUCACAAGAAAAAUAUUUGAACUGCAACUUUUGGACAGUUUUCCUGCUUUGAAGUAGUUUGUCAUGCUUUACCAGUGUGAACUCUGUUGACCCGCAUCCCCCCCCCCACACACACACUGUCCCUCUAUUACUUCAGGAUUUUUUUCCCCUGAAUCAAAUAGCAACUUGGGACACUUCGAAAUCUUGAAUCUACAGUGGCUCAUUAGAUGAAGCUCUGGCUUCAUCUCCAAUGCAAGCAAAGCAGGAACGCCACAGGAGAGACCUCUCUUUGCUGUAAAUGAAGCCUGGUGACAGUUUCCUGAAAUAGCAUUUCUAGGCUCCCCUCUGCUCCCCCUUUCAAAGGCCAUGGAUCCUGAACAAAGCAAGAGGAGUACAAAAAAGGGGGAUGAGGCUCCAAGAAAGAGGCUCGUGAAAGGAGAAGCUUUUCAAAGCAGUAUCUCCUCCAUGACUCCAUAUCCAAGCAGCUCUGCUCUGCUGCCAGGCUCUCCCCUCCAAGAUGUUGUAUCCCAGCAACGUUUUUCAAUGGAGGAGGCUCAGGAGAAGACAGGACAAGCUCAACCCAAGCAUUCCUCCUUUGAGCAUCCAUCGCACAUGGCCCAACUUCAACAGCAUUCAUUGUCACCAGCAUACAGGACUCCCCGAAAGCAAGAAGGGCCUACCUGGCAGCUUGUUGAUCCAGCAAGAUCAAUUCCCUCUGGCUCAUUUCCUUCUUCUGGGCUCCCUUCCAGUCACGGUCAGAUCUUACCAUCCUGCUCCUCUGUUUCUACUGAAGAAGACAAGCCCCCUGUUCAAAAGGUCUACAUCCCUCGUACUUUGCAGAUUUCUUUGAAACCAUCUGAAGAAGGACACAAGAAGGAAAAGAAGCCACAGAAGCCAGGCAAAUACAUUUGCCAGUACUGUAGCCGGCCUUGUGCCAAACCAAGUGUUCUCCAGAAACACAUCCGAUCCCACACAGGUGAGAGACCCUAUCCAUGUGUUCCCUGUGGCUUUUCCUUCAAAACCAAAAGCAAUUUGUACAAGCACCGAAAAUCUCACGCUCAUCGCAUCAAAGCUGGGUUAUCUUCAGGCACUGCUACAGAGUUGUAUCCUUCCAGCUUGGAGGUGGAGAAGAUAGGUGGAGAGGAAUUUGAAGAGCCUACAGAAGGAGAAAGCACAGAUUCUGAAGAGGAGACCAGAAGCACCCCAGGCCAUUUGUUGGAACUAUCCACCAGGCGAAAGCAAACUAUGUUGUAUGGGGCAGGAAGUCAAGGUUCAAGCCAAGAAAGCACCUCCUUCCCCCAUUCUAGCAUGUCUCAAUCCCUUGAUGACAGCAGUGCUUUUGUAGAGCCGUCCUCAGACCUUGCCCAAAGUCAUAAAUCAGAAGAAACACACACUAUCAAACAAAAGCUUGCACUCCGUCUAAGUGAGAGGAAGAAAGUUAUCGAGGAACAGGCUUUCCUUAGUCCUGGCAGUAAAGGAAGCACCGAAUCAGGCUACUUCUCAAGAUCAGAGAGUGCAGAGCAGCAAAUCAGUCCGCCGAAUACAAAUGCAAAAUCAUACGCAGAAAUCAUUUUUGGCAAAUGUGGGAGGAUAGGCCAGCGGACUGCUAUGUUAGCCACAACCACGAGUCCAGAAUUUCCCCCAAUAUCGUCUGAAGAAAAGGUGAGUACUGUUCCUUUGUCUGUGCCUCGGACACAGGUUAUUGAACAUAUCACCAAGCUGAUCACCAUCAAUGAGGCAGUUGUUGAUACGAGUGAAAUUGAUAGUGUUAAACCGAGAAGGAGUUCUUUGUCUAGACGGAGCAGUAUCGAAUCUCCAAAGCCUGGCUCUUUCAGAGAAUCAUUUCAGCUAGACAUCAAACCUGGUUCCGGUAGCCAACCAGAUCCAUCAAAGUCGUUGACAUCUCAUAUUGAAAAAAUGAAGCCUGAACCAUCCUUGUUAUCGUUCCAGCAAUCCCACAGUGCCACGGAGACAGUGCCUCUUCUAAGAAGCCACUCUAUGCCUUCAGCUGUAUGCACUAUGAGUUCUUCUCACUCCUUUAGAGGUAGUUAUUCUUUCGAUGAUCACAUUGCUGAAUCGGAGAUCUUAAGCCACAAUCAGAUGUCUUCCCAUCCCCGAAUGCUAAAACGGCAGCCAGCUAUUGAGCUACCAUUGGGAAUGGAGUACAGCUCAGAAGAGGUUGGUGCAGCAGGCAAGGAAAGCUUCUCCAGACCUCCAGAAGAGCAAGAGACCAAGGAGAGUGAGUUGACCAAGAAGUCAAGGAAGGGCACCAAAAUAAAAGGAUUUAUGUAUGAGUGCAAUAUCUGUGGUGCUCGAUACAAAAAACGAGAUAAUUAUGAAGCCCACAAGAAGUACUAUUGUUCAGAACUUCAGAUCUCCAAACCUCACUCUUCCAGUUCAUAUACUUUAUCUGAAAUGGAGAAAGGUUUGAUGGACUCUGAUCCAGGGCCACAAGUGAUGCAUUAUAAGUUGGGAACUAGCUUAGAACUGACUCCACUGAGGAAGAGGCGAAAAGAAAAGAGUCUUGGUGAUGAUGAAGAUCCACCAGCUUUUGAGUUAACUGAAGCAUCCUUUUCUGGAAGUGGACCAGCCACUCAGUUUAUGGGGUUGAAAUCCAGUGAUGUGGCCUUGAAACUCAUUUCCAAGUCUGUGAAGCCAGCAAUGGAACCUGCUCAACCUAUGCCUCUUUCUGAGGUUAGUAUAAGUUUUCAUCCUAGAACUGCAAAUCCCCCAUUUACUCCAGAGGGCAAAGAGAGGAGAACAACCUCAAAGGAAAUCUCUGUCAUCCAACAUACAAGUUCUUUUGAGAAGUCAGAUUCCAUAGAACAGCAGAGUAGCUUAGAAGGAGAGGAAAAGCUGCUCUUAUCUUAUGCCUCCCAACCAGAAGUCCAACAUGGCCGACUAACUCACUCCCUUCAGCCAAAGCUUGUGCGUCAACCUAAUAUUCAAGUCCCUGAGAUUCUGGUCACUGAAGAACCUGAUAGGCCAGAAAUGGAACCGGAACCUCCACCGAAAGAGCCAGAAAAAUUGGAGAAAUUUCAGUGGCCACAGAGAAGCCAGUCUCUCUCCCAACUUCCUGCAGAAAAGCUACCACCCAAAAAGAAGAGGCUACGGCUAGCAGAAAUGGCCCAGUCUUCUGGAGAAUCCAGUUUUGAGUCAAUCAGAAGCCCAAGUCAGGAAAGCAGCAUCUCCCAUACUUCUAGUCACUCAGCUUCUUUUGAGAGAGAGGAAACAGUUUCUCAGUCCUCUGAAUCUCAUGGUAAACCUCUUGGCCUUGGCUCCCACAUGUUAACAGUACCAAGUUCCCAUCUCCACCACCAUCACCAUCAUUCCCGAGAAAUGAGGAGGUCUGCUUCUGAACAGACACCCAAUGUCUCACAUUCCUCUCCAAUGUCGGAGAUCCGCAGCAAGUCCUUUGACUAUGGGAGUUUGUCUUCAUCUCCUUCUAUAUCCCAAAUUCCAACAACAACAACAGCAGCUCCACAGGAGAGGAGAAAGUGCUUUUUGGUCCGGCAGGCAUCUCUCACCAGGCACCCAGAGCAUGAGCCAGACUCUGCCUCCAAAGGAACAGCUGAGACCGAGGAAUCUGUGCAACCUUCGACUCAGUCUCCUGCUGCAAGCUUGCCAUAUCAACAGCUGCCUUCCUCCUCUUCCUCCUCCUCUUUCUCUUCUCACAGAGGGUACCCAGCUGACAAGGAUCAGCCAAAAGACUGUCCUGAGUCCUUAUGCACAUAUUCCUAUGCUGAAGCUCUGCAAGUGGUCCAUCCACCUGUCCCUCAUUUAACCCUCCAUGAAAAGCAGUACAUGGGCCCACAAAUUUCUCUUUUACCAUUCCAGCACCUUUUGCCACCAUUGGGACAUUCAGUUGAGCUUUUCUCCUCUCAGACCGUAGCAGACAUCUUCUCCAGUCAGUAUUCCAUCUCUCAGGUCCCUCAUUCCUUAUUUCAAAGCACAGCACUUCCUUUUCAAGAAGCUUUGCUGCAUCCGGGCCAGUUACACAUUGCCCCUCCGCUGCUGUCAUACCCGGCUGAUAUCAUAAUCAGGCAGAGCCCAUCAGUCUUGCCCUUCCAUUACUCAAGAUCCUCACCACUCCCUUCUGCAUUGUUUCUGCCUCUUCAGUCACAGCUUGCUCUCCAGCUGCCAAGUGACAUUGGUGCCCACUUGCCCCAUCUGAAAUCCAGCCUCUCUCCUGAAAUUGGAAGCCGUACCUUCUCCCCAUCUAUAGAUUAUGGCUCUGAGAGCCGACUGCAUAUUUUAGCUCGGCCCAGUAGCCCCUCUGCAUCCAUCUCCAUUUCUCAGUUGGUGGUACCUGCCUGUUCAGAGCCUGUGGUAUCUCUAGUUGUCCCAGUUCGCAUUCAGGCUAACAUGCCAUCCUACGGAAGUGCAAUGUACACCACUCUUUCCCAGAUCCUAGUCACUCAGUCCCACUGCAGCACCUCUUCAAUCCUACUGCCAAAAUUUGAGGACUAUCAGACCAAGGGUACUCUGGUCUGCACUGCUAAUGUUCACAGUGUUGGUCUUGAUUUGGCUCAAAUGAUCACAGAGCAGCAGAAGACCCUGAUCCACAGUCCGUACCUGCGGCUGCCAUUGUCUCUGUCAGAAAGAAAAGGCUAUUUUCCCCUGGGCCCCAUGUCUGAAAGCGUCUUGGAUCUCGAAGAGAGCCCAUCAAAUGCUGGAGGAAGCAAGCGGAUGCUUUCUCCAGCUGGGAGCUUGGAGCUCACCAUGGAAACGCAGCAGCAGAAACGAGUGAAGGAAGAAGAGUUCUUCCAGACAGAAGAGAAGCUGGAAAUAGUGAUGACAUCCAAUACAAUGGAGGAAGGGAAAAAAUGUGAUCAAACAGCAGCCAAGGCAGAAACACUCCUGGAUAUAUUGUCUGAACAGUCAGAAUCCCCCAAAGGCCAGGCUGCCUUAAACCUGGUCUUGCCACAGUCUGAGGCCUCUAGCUUUGAAGUUCAAAAAGAAUGUAAGCAGCCAGCAAGAAAGAAGCCUGAAAGCAACCACGCUCCUGAGAAAGUGAAGAAGGAGGAUUUGAAAGAAUCGGCAGAAGCCUUGGUGGCAAAUCCUCUGAGCUCAGCAUGUUCUUCAGUGGCUGCUCAAAGCUCCAAGAAGUCUCAGGACAGUACAGAUGUUAAGAAGGUACUUCAGUUCCCCAGUCUCCACACAACUACUAAUGUCAGUUGGUGCUAUUUAAAUUACACAAAACCAAAUCACAUUCAGCAAGUUGACCACAGUUCCUCUGUGUAUGCCAGCUGGUGCAUUAGCCUGUAUAAUCCCAACCUCCCCGGUGUAUCUACUAAAGCUGCCCUGUCACUCCUACGCUCCAAGCAAAAGGUGAGCAAAGAAACCUACACCAUGGCUACUGCUCCACAUCCAGAGACAGGAAGGCUUGUACCCUCAAGUUCCAGGAACCCCAAAAUGUCAGAGGUCCAUCUGCCCUCACUCCUUCCCAGUGAAGGCCAGAAAGAUGCAAUGCAAACCAGUAAGGAAAGAGAUAAAAGAGGAAAAACUGAAGAUGACAUUCAUGUAACCAAGCGAGGAGAACCAACCAGGAUCAAGAUCUUUGAAGGAGGGUACAAAUCAAACGAAGAGUAUGUGUAUGUGCGAGGCCGUGGACGAGGGAAGUAUGUAUGUGAGGAGUGUGGAAUUCGCUGCAAGAAACCCAGCAUGCUGAAGAAACACAUUCACACGCACACAGACGUCAGGCCCUAUGUCUGCAAGUACUGUAACUUUGCUUUUAAAACCAAAGGGAAUCUGACUAAACAUAUGAAGUCAAAAGCCCACAGCAAAAAAUGUCAGGAGAUGGGUGUGUUGGCGUCUACCCUAGGGGAACUGGAACCAGAGGAAGGUAAAAAUUUGGGACUGUAUCUUUGGGGAAUGGAAUGUGAUGCUCUCCACAUGGCUGGGAUUGAGUGCUCAUGCCGAGAGUCACUAAGCAUGACCACUGCUGAGAGAUUAUGA